UUAUAACUUAAUUUAUCCCAUAGGUGUAUAAUACACAACGAAUAAAAUCAUGUGUAAAAAAAAAAACAAUAAAACCUUGAAACAAUAUUAGCGAAUGGGGUUUGACUUCUUUAAUUAAGUCCGAAGUCGAGCCACAUAGUUUUGUGUUAUUUUGAUCAUGGCAACGGUAGCAGCAGCAUCGACUGGCCACGGGUUAGCGGUUUUAACGAAUGCGUGUGUUAAACAACCAUCGAGAUCACGGUCCAAACUGAAAGCAACAAGCUCUACAAAGUCGGCACCAAGCAAGGGAGGUUUUAUUGGGACUAGAACGGUAAAUUUUGAUGAUGAACUUCCCUCAGAAAUGAGUAAGACAGAGGACGACGUUAGUCGCUGGGCAGACAUGACUGACUUUGACACAUGGCAACCAGAUGACCAAACAGGGGAUCUCGGUGCACUGUCCAGUGACGAAUUUUACCAGCGUCUGUUACAACUGAAAAAUGAACACAAGAAAACAUUACAGAUGUGUGAAAGAUUGUACCGCCAAAAGCUGUCAGAGGAAGUGGAUCGGUCUGAAGACCUGGAAUGGUGUUUGUCAGAGGAUGAUGUUGUGAAUGGACAUGUUUUCAAGGAUUUGGCACACGGCCACGACGAAGACACAGGAGCUCAAAAUGGCAGUAGAGAUCUGUCAACUAAACCACCACUGGUUAGGCAAAAUAAAUUACGCUCAUCACAUCAUUCCAUUAGAACACGUCCUUCCUCAGCACCUAUUAGAAGGCAAAGUUUAUCACGGAGUUUAGAUGCGGAUGAUUGGAGAUUGAUGCAACAUAAUGGCCAAUUAUUGCAAGAGGAAACGCAGUCUGAAAUAUAUGAUCCCAGAGAGUCUGCAGCAGCUAUGGAAAGAAUUCAAGACAUGUGGGAAGAGUUCUCGGUGGAUGAUUAUGCCCCUAGAAAGAGAAAGCCAAGGCGUCCUUCAUCUGCUCAUAGCAGCACUCCGAGUGAGAAAAAGAGACCCGAAAAAGACUGGCGUCACAGGAUAACCAUUCCCAAACCAUUUCAAAUGACACUUCGUGAGGCUAACAAAGAAAAGACCAAAAGUAAGGCACAGAUUAUUCACGAAGACGAAUUGCUUCGAAAGCAGCAAGAAGAAGAAGCAGAGUGUCAAAAGAAAUUCAAGGCAGCUCCAGUUCCAGCUCAUGUGUACCUACCUCUGUUUGAAGAAUACAAUGAAAAAAAAGAAGCCCGAAGAAGAUAUGUGAAAGAUUAUCGUAAAGAACUACUAAAAUCUAUUGAGAAGCCUUUUAAGUUUAUGUCUAGGGAGCAAGAGAAAAAACAAAGGAACCUAGACAAAGCCUGGCAUCAGAGCGAUGGAUAUGAGCAUUCAAAAACAUUCAAAGCUAAACCAGUGCCAAGUUAUGUCUAUGAAACUGCACCCAAUGAGAAAAUACUUGAAAAUGAAGAAUAUCGUCAAAUUAGGAUUAAAAUGAGAGCUGAGGAAUUAAUGAGAUCAGCUGCUCUUCCACCUAACAUGGAAGCUAGACAAAAAAUUAAGGAGCAAAAACUGAAGGAACAAAAAGGGAGGAAAAAAACUUCCAAGAAACGUUUUGUUCCAAGGAUAAAUAGUGAUGUGCCCGAUUAUGAUGAACUUUAUAGACAGUUUCAGAAAGAGCUGCAGAAGCGGAAACUGGAGAGGGAAGCAACUGUAACAGAACCAUUCAAAUUACGCACUGGAAAUAUUCCGAGCAAGAAAGAUAAAAUCAUAAAUGACAUGGAAAAAGAUAUGGAAACACUUAGGGAAAACAGAUGGCCAUUUAGAAAUCCAAGAAUGACACCAAGGAAAUCAUUUGCAGUUUCCUCGACGAAUAUGAGUACUUCACUGGAUUCCAUACCUCACAGAAUGACAUCAUCAGCAGAAAUGAGGUUCCACAGAGGAAGGGACAAAGCACGCACCCUGACUCAGAAGGAUCUGGAAGAACUGGAAUAUCGCAGACGACAACGUCAAAAGGAGGCAAAGCUACGACAAGCCAUUAUAGAAAAAACCCUAGCAAACGAAGAGGACAGACUUUCCAGACCAACGAGAGAGGCAAAAUUGAAGGAAUACAGGGAGAGUGACAGAGCAAGAAUGGCAGAGUACAAACAAAGUUUGGAAGAUAUCAAACAGAGAGUUAAUGAGAGACCACUUUUGUUUGAGCAAGUAAAGCAGGCUAAUGCCAAGAAAGCAGCUGAGAAGCGUUAUUCUCAAACUCUGAGAGAUCAUGGCUUAGAUGAGACAUACGUGCAGCAGAAGAGUUCCCUGUCUACUGGAGUGGACACAGAUGCUGACGACCUGGACAUGGGGGAGACCAGUUAUAAGGGAAUGGAGGACAGUGAGAACGAAGAUAGGACUUACGCAAACCACAGCAGGGAUGAGGAAGCUUCCAUGUGAAAACAUUCCCA